ACCUAUAUAUCAACUCUGAAGUAGAAGCAAAGAAACCAACCAAUAAAACACCAACCUUUACCUCAAACAAAUACUAGUACUCAUAAAACAUAAUCUUUGUAUCAUUCAACAAACAAAACAAAAACAAUGGAACAUUAUCCACCUAUAUCGGAGAGCCCGACGGUUGAUUAUAGCUCAACCGUCGAUACCUCUCGUCCUUUCACCUCCGUCAAAGAAGCGGUAGCCAUAUUCGGCGAACGUAUUCUUGUCGGAGAAAUAUAUUCUCCAUCUCCAACUCCGACUCCAAAACCAUUCUCAUUCUCAGACACUACUACUACUAGUACUACUACUAAUGCGGCUAUCGCUACCGCGUCUUAUUAUUCUCCUUCUGUGUCUAUUAAGCGAGAAUCAUCGUCGUGGAGAUCAAUACCAUCGUCGCCAUCGCCAUCACCGAUUAGUCCUACGAAAUCAUUAUCAUUCAAAGAAGAAGAAAAAUACAAUAACAAUAGUGAAACUCUUUUUGAUACAGUGAAGAAGCUGGAGGAAGAGCUAGAGAAAACAAAAAGAGAGCUGAAGAUUUUAAAGGAAAGAGGAAGUGAAACUGAGGUAGCAUUGGCAACACUGAAUGCUGAGCUUCACAAGAACAUGUCAAAGUUGGCUCAAGCAGAAGCUGAAGCAGCUGGAAAAGCAGCUUCAAAGAGUGUGAGGUUUGAGAACAUUGUUGAGAGAGAGAAUGUUCAUAGGAAUAAGAAUAAGAAUUCUCCACAAUCACAAACACUGGCUCAUAUAAUAAGUCUUGGAGAAAAUGAUGAUAUUUUUGGAGGGAAAAAGAGGAAUGAUAAUAAUAAUAAUAAGAUUAGAAAGCAGAAGCCUAUAGUGCCUCUUGUGGGUGAUUUGUUUUUGUUUUUCAAGAGAAAGAGUUCUUCUUCUACUAAUCAUCACCAUAAUAAUCCUCUUUAUGCUUCUCCUUUUUAGUUGAUUUAUAUUUUUCAUUGUUUUUUUUAUAUUGAUUGAUUCAUGUGUGAUUGGGAUUUGUACUGUUAAUUUCUGGAAUGUGUGUGUUUUUGUGUUGUAAAGUUUUAUAUAAAAGUUGAUGUUUGGAUGUAAAACUAGUAACAAACUCGUGCAUACGUACGGGUUCUAUUCGAUUACACGUUUGGAUAAUCAUUUAUUUUAAAUAAAAAUAUUAAAAAAGAAAAAAAAGUUAGAUAAAUAAUUUUUCGAAAGGAUCAGGUCAUAGGAGCGAGUUUCAAGAAGACAUUUUCGAAAGGAUCACUCUAUAAACAAUUUUUACAAAUGUACAAGGUGCGUUGCAAUAUAAGAAGCAAUGAGG